CACCCACAGCCAUGACUCCCUUAUCUCUCAUUUUGGGCACCAUAGGCUUAGCCAUUUUUGUCUAUUUCCUUCUCAACCUGCGGACCCACCGCCGCUGUCUCCGCCUCCCUCCAGGCCCAAAACCAUGGCCCAUCAUCGGGAACUUGCCCCACAUGGGCCCUAUGCCUCACCACUCCCUGGCAGCCAUGGCUCGUACCUAUGGGCCUCUCAUGCACCUCCGGCUCGGCUUCGUUGACGUGGUUGUGGCGGCGUCGGCGUCCGUGGCGUCCCAGUUCUUGAAGACCCAUGAUACGAAUUUCUCGAGCCGGCCGCCCAAUGCAGGUGCCAAGUAUAUAGCGUACAAUUAUCAGGACCUCGUGUUCGCGCCGUACGGCGAGCGGUGGCGCAUGCUUAGGAAGAUCAGCUCCGUUCAUCUCUUCUCCGGCAAGGCCUUGGAUGAAUUCAGACACGUGCGCCAGGAGGAGGUGGCAGUGCUAACUGGUGCCGUAGCGAAUGCAAGCCAGAAGCCAGUCAACUUGGGACAAUUGCUCAACAUGUGUACAGCGAACACCCUAGGGCGGGUGAUGAUAGGGCGAAGGGUGUUCGGUGAUGGAAGUGGCAGCGGCGAUGCUAAGGCGGAUGAGUUCAAAUCAAUGGUGGUAGAGGUGAUGGUGCUGGCUGGAGUGUUCAACAUCGGUGACUUUAUCCCCGCUUUGGAGUGGUUGGACUUACAGGGGGUAGCAGCUAAGAUGAAGAACCUCCACAAGAGGUUUGACACGUUUUUGACCGGAAUUGUUGAGGAGCAUAAAAAGAUCUACGGUGGUGGGCAGCACAUGCUGAGUACGUUGAUAUCGUUGAAGGAGAAUGCUGAUGGUGAGGGAGGGAAGCUCACAGACACAGAGAUCAAAGCUUUGCUUUUGAAUAUGUUCACGGCAGGGACCGACACAUCAUCUAGCACAGUAGAAUGGGCCAUAGCCGAACUCAUUCGACACCCCAAGAUCCUGGCUCAAGUCCAACAAGAGCUUGACUCGAUUGUGGGCCAAGAUCGGCUUGUAAGCGAAUUGGACCUACCCCAAUUGACCUACCUCCAUGCCGUGGUCAAGGAAACCUUUCGGCUCCACCCAUCAACACCGCUCUCCUUGCCACGAAUGGCGGCCGAAAGUUGCGAAAUCAACGGCUACCACAUUCCAAAGGGCUCCACACUUUUGGUCAAUGUAUGGGCCAUUGCUCGUGAUCCAGACCAAUGGCCCAACCCGCUGGAAUUUAGGCCCGAGCGCUUCCUAGAGGGUAGCGAAAAGGCCAAUGUUGAUGUUAAGGGAAAUGAUUUUGAAGUGAUACCAUUUGGUGCUGGGCGUAGAAUAUGUGCCGGGAUGAGCUUAGGGUUACGAAUGGUUCAUUUCCUAACUGCGUCCUUAGUCCAUGCAUUUGAUUGGGACCUGCCCGAUGGGUUGAUGCCCAAGCAGCUGAACAUGGAUGAAGCAUAUGGGCUCACCUUACAACGAGCCAAGCCCUUAGUGGUGCACCCUCGACCGAGGUUGUCUCCACAUGUUUAUCGAUCGAGCACCGUCUUGAAAUGAUUUACAACAAAACAUUUGUAUGUUUUGAAUGAUGCACUAUUUGGGUGAUAGGGUGGUUAUUUUGCCACAAAUAGAGCCACCAAGAUGUAUUUAUCUUAGUUUUCAAUAAGGGAUACUUUAG